GUUUGCGCUCCAUAAUUAAACCCGAAGAGGAAGAAGGAGCAACACAUCCAUGGUGUCUUUCUGUUUUCUUCUUACGAUCCGCUGAGAUGUUCUCCCUGAGUGUUUCUCUAACAUGUUUCAAACCCAGCCCUUUUUAUUAUAUCUGAAAUGUGAAUUCGGCACAUAUGAUCUGAUGUCUCCUCUUCUGUAGCUUUGUGGAAAAGAAGCUUUAAAGCUAGCUGAGCUGCUAGCUAACAGUUAACGGUUCCUCUGAUGUUUUCACCGUAAACGAAGACACCUUCAUCAACAAACCUCAUCUUUCUAUUAAACACAAACAGCUCCACUCUUCCUCAAUGUCUGAAGUUGAGGUCAGCAGUUUGCCCGACAUGAGCGAGGUGGUGAUCGUCACCAUCCCAAACACGACGGAGGAGGACGUCCCCUCCGUGGUGGAGGAGGAUAAAGCGGUGCUGGUGACUGCAGAGCUGAACGCUCAGACAGGGGAGGAGGAACUCACAGCUGCACCUGAAGCAGAAUCAGAGGGCAGCGGAGCCGAUUCGCUGUCAAAGGAGGAAGCUGUUAUAGUGAAGUUAACCGAGGAAGUGGACGUUGAAGCAGACGUUUUCUACCCGAUCACAUGUGGAGACGCCAAAGCCACGCUGGUCUGGAAGAAGUUUGUGUGUCCUGGGAUCAACGUGAAAUGUGUUCAGUUCAACGAGCAGCUCAUCAGUCCGAAGGAGUUCGUGUGUUUAGCGGGGAAAUCCACUCUGAAGGACUGGAAGAGAGCCAUCCGUCUGAACGGCACCAUGCUCAGGAAGAUCAUGGACUCCGGUGAGCUGGACUUCUACCAGCACAUUAAGGUUUGCUCCAACACCUGCCGCAGCACCAAGAUUGACCUGGUGGGAACCAAAGUGUCUCUGAGCAGCGACCAGGCUGAGCUGGUUCCUGCCACGCCUUCAUCAGGUGACCUGAACGGAGCCUCGGCCUCUUUUUCAGACAGCUCAGAGGAGACGUCAGAGUGGGUCACAGCCAUCGGAGAGGACUCUGUGAUGUUCUGGCGUUCGAUGAAGGAGGCGGGGCUUCUGGACGAGGUGGUGGACGACUUCCAGAAGGAGCUGCAGGAGGUGCUGAAGGGGCUGCAGGAGAGAGUGUGUGACCCUCCUCUGCAGGUCAAAGAUGCUGUUUUGCUCAACAACAUCGUGCAGAACUUUGGGAUGCUGGACCUGGUGAAGAAGGUUCUUGCAAGUCAUAAGAGCCAGAUGGACCGCUACAGAGAGCAGUACACUCGCAGCCUCGCAGCUCUGGAGCAGCAGUGUGACGAGCACAGGAAGCGAGCCAAAGAGCUGAAGAGUAAAUCUCAGCACCUGAACAACGUCCUGAUGACCCUCACCCCGGUCCCCACUCCACCCGCACCAAAGCGUCCCCGUCUGACCCGUGCUGUCUCUGGCCCCGCAUCUGUCAACGCCACCCCCACCCAGAUCACCCUGCCUCUUAACCAGCUGAACCAACUGACUGGUCUGCCGCUGGGGAAGGUUCUGACUGUGGCUGGAGGCCAGGGGGGGGCUAACCUGGGCGGAUACACCCUCCUGACCUCGUCGCUCUCUGGGACAGAGCUGACAGGUGACGCCACAAGCCUGACGGUGCUCUCCACGGCGGCGGGUCAGGAGGGCACGGCUGGCAGCUUCGUUAAGGUGGUCGGGCCGCAGUUCCAGCUGGUGGCGCUUCCCGCCGGGCUGCAGAAUUUGGCCACUGCGCAGGGCUCGACCAUUCAGCAGCUGGGCGGCACCAUCAGCGUGGUGGACGCCACGGUGGCCGCUGCUGUCGACGGUCUGCAGGAGGAAACCCAGGCGGAGUGUGAGGAGGAGGAGGGUCAGAUGGAGCAGGAGAAAGGUGAAGAAGAGGAGCAGCCAGCUGAGCAGCAGUGAGACUAACACAGCUGCUCUCUCGUUUGCCAGCAGCUGAUCCACUUCAUUCAUCGCGUUUGACUCUGAACUGAAGGUUUCCUCUGACGCCUCGAGCUCAUUCUGACUUUUACAUUUCAUGCUCAUUUUAAUUUAACUCACGCUCCUUCCUUUGUAGAUGUCUUUCACUUUUCUAGACUCCCAGAUUUAUAAGAGAGACAUGUCUGCUAUCAGGAGCGUGCUUCAGCUCAACUCUGACUGUAAAUAUGUAUUUGUAACUAAUAUACUCGAUACAGCUGUAUCACAGUGUGAGGAGGGAUCCAGUGUGUGUAAGUGCUCCUGUUUGGUAUUAAAUACUCCGUUUUCAACAAAACGUUACAAUCAGCUCAUCUUUUAAACUAAAGCUGGACUCGUGUGAAUUCCUCGAGAUUUCUUUUAGGGUGGCUUUUUGCACAAACAGGAUGCUAAGAUUCUCUAAAGGCUCCUUCAUACGGAAGCGUAUUGCAUUCAUGUGAGAAAAAAAAAUUCUGCUCUGUUUUUCUGAAUGAAGGAGUUAUCAGAGGCCUACCUGAAAAUAAACAGCUGCGAAGUCCUCAGGUGCCUGUGCAGUGUUGACAAGCUAAUAACAAAACCAUCCAUGUUACUUAGAGUCACUAGUAUCUCCCAAUGUUUUAAACCCAAAGCCUAAUAAAACUGGAUUAAACUGAA